AUGCCCGACAUCCAAACUUAUUACACAGCGUCGCUCCUGAACAGGUGCUUUUCUCUCCUCUCACGCCAACCCCCGAAUCUUUGCGUACAACUGGAACGUGCUCUUCUCACCUACAAAGAAGGACUUAUCCUAUGGGGAAUCCGCACAUGCACCCCGAAUAACACGUUUGCCUCUCCCAUUUGGAAAGGUAUGUUGGUGGAAUGGGCCAAACUGUAUAAAUCCCGAGACAUCAGAUUCCCUAAUAUCCACCUCCCCCUACAUCUACUACAGAACUAUAUCCACCCCGAUAUACUCAGACCCUCCGGAGUCUGGAGCAUACUAUCUGACCUUACCUUACAAGAUAUAGCUUCCACGUCUGGGGACUUGGCAUGGGACAAGAUUCAGGUUCUGCCAAAGGUUAAAGCCCUCUCCUUCCUUUCUAUUGGGGCCUUUGGCCGAGAUGUUAAAGCCCUCAAGCUACCUCCCCCCACUGAUGAUACACCUACUUGGCUAGAAAAGAAGCUUUGUGUUCCCGAGUUACCGAAAAAGCCCCUCUCGACACUCUACAGGGAGCUGCUCUCUUCUACUCAUCCAGCACUGCACUUUAUGUCUGCCUGGGACAAGGAGCUCGCAAUCCAACUGACUGAGCCGGAGAAGGCCUUUAUCUUAGCCCAUUCACAUGGCUUCAACCGAUGCAUCAAAAUUCAGGAGAAUUCCUACAAGUUACUGACCCGCUGGUACAAAACGCCAGAAUUCCUACAUAGGCUAAACCCUGAUAUUCCAUCGCAGUGCUGGAGGUGUGGAACAGAAGUCGGCUCUUUGUCACAUAUAUGGUGGUCUUGUAGUAAAAUUCGCCCCUUUUGGUCUCAAAUAGAGAACACAAUUAACCGGAUAUGUGCCUCUAAGGGCUCCAGAAAGAUGGAUGAGCGGCAAAACUGGUUCCAUUUGGGUCUGUGCAUCUACAAUGACUCUAAUUUGACUGGCACUGGUACUCCAUCUGCAGAUUUGUUUGUCCACACAGUGUUCAGUAGAAGACAGGAACACGACAGUAUCGUCCUUCCAGUCAUUUUUGGAAUCAUAUGUUUGGUGGGCACCAUCGGUAACUGCAUCGUCAUCUACACGAUAACCAAGAAGCCAAAGGGGAACCACAACAUCGCCGACAUCUUCAUUGUAAGCCUGUCGGUGACCGACCUCCUCUUCUUGCUUGGAAUGCCAUUUUUGAUCCACCAGCUACUGGGCAAUGGCGUCUGGCGUUUUGGGGCCACCAUGUGUACAAUCAUUACCGCUUUGGAUGCCAACAGCCAGUUUGCCAGUACCUACAUCCUCACCGCCAUGUCAGUUGACCGCUACCUUGCCACAGUACACCCCAUCCGCUCUUCGUACGUGCGGACAACCUGUGCGGCAGCCAUGGUCAUCCUGCUGUUGUGUCUCUGCUCAUUGAUCACCAUCAUCCCAGUCUUCAUGUACACCCAACUCAUCGAGCUUCCAGAUGGCAACGCCGGCUGCGGCAUCAUCCUGCCCAACUUGUCCAUUGAUAUUUACUGGUACACCCUCUACCAGUUCUUCUUGGCUUUCGUCAUCCCUCUACUCAUCAUCUGCGUGGUCUACAUCAAGAUCCAGAAGCGUAUCUCAUGCGUGGUGGUCCCUCUACCCCAAAGAAAUUUCCGAGUCCGAUCCAAGAAGAUCACGAGAACGUCUGUGACUAUCUGCUCUGCCUUCUUCAUAUGUUGGGCUCCAUAUUAUAUCCUACAGCUGGUGCACCUCAAGGUGGAAGAUCCCACAGUCGAAUUUCUAUAUGCCUACAACGUGGCCAUUAGCCUCGGCUACGCCAACAGCUGCAUCAACCCCUUCAUAUACAUUGUCUUGAGCGACACCUUCAAGAGGCAUCUGAUUAAGGCGGUGUGCCCGGGGCACCAGCAGAGAAGAGGGGAGCGACAUGCCACCAGCGAGGUCAGCCCAUCCGUCAGGAUAUGCUCGGUACCAACUCAAGAGACCUCCUUAAGCAUGAUGUACUCCAACAAUAUAGACAAUUAUAUCUCUCUGUCCGUUUCCGUUCCAUGA